AUCAGUGUCAUCUAUUUUGUACCAAUCAGUAGAUUGUCAUAAAGGCCAAGGGCGGAUCUAUGGUGGGACGGAGGAGGAGCAAUGGGGAUAAUUAUUCCCCCAGACAGGUCCCACCAUAAUUUAAAUGAAUGGAAAAAACUGGAUAUAAAUACUAUAGAUACAACUCAUAUAAUCAGAAGAUCUAAGUCAGCAUGCAAAAUGGCCUACGGCGGCAAAUCACUUUUUUUCUCGCAACUGAAAGCAAUGCUCAAAAGGAAUUUAUUACUAAAAAAGAGGCAAAAAUUAAAAACGAUAGGUGAAAUCUUGUUCCCCAUCUACUUUCUAGCCCUUCUGGUUGUUAUCGAGUUGGUUCUACCUGAUCCAAAUUUACCAGAAAUCAGUACUCCAAGAGGAGAAGAAUAUUUAUUUAAAUCUUUUGACAACGGUGAAUCUCAUAAAAUAGCAUAUGCACCAAAUACAACAACAAAUAUCAACUUUGUCAACAAUGUAACCGAAACAUGGAAAAAGAUGUCCAAUUCCAAAUCGAGUCUAGAAUGGGUCCCUUAUAGUGCAGAGGAUAAGGUCCAGGAAGCUUAUGAUCAAGAUCAUAAAUUUGCACCGAUGGCAGUGAUCUUUAAGAGUGAUGUUCCUUAUGUGCAUACCUCAUUAAGUUACCAGAUUCGUACUAAUCCCUACUAUAUCAGUACCCCUAGUUCUAAUGAUAUUGGCUGGGAUAAACAGUCUUGUAGGGGUGGUACAAACCCAAAUUCAAACAUGGAAGACGGCAGUACAUGUCCAGCUAAUACUUACUACUUUUCUGGAUUUUUGGCUCUUCAAACCCUCUUAGACUAUACGCGAAUACAACUUGAUAAUCCAACUCAAGAUAAUAUACCGUAUAUAUCUUUGGAAAUAUUCCCAAAAGCUGCAACUACUGUUGGUGAUUUUGCAAACAUGAUUCGCAUUAUAAUUCCAAUUUAUAUGGUACUAGCUCUUUCUCAAUUCGUUACGUAUCUAAUAAUUUUAAUAGUUGGAGAAAAGGAGAAAAAGAUUAAGGAAGGAAUGAAACUUAUGGGAUUGAUGGACAAAGUGUUCUGGUUAUCAUGGUUGAUUAUAUACGCAUGUUUUGUAAUUCUUUUGGCUACAAUAUGCGUUUUGCUGUUAUUUGCCUUCAAGGUAUUUGUUCAUGUAAACCUUCUACUAAUCUUCAUCUUAAUGGUCCUCUAUGGUAUUUCCCUCAUUAUGUUUGCAUUUAUGUUAACACCAUUUUUCGACAAAGCGAGGACGGCUGGAGUACUAAGUUCCUUUAUAUUGGUACUAAUAAUUGUUUUAUAUUUCGUCGAGCAAAUUGUCUCCGGUAAACAUCCUCAAUAUUUAUGGGCACUGUCCCUUUUAAGUCCGGCUGGAUUUGCAUCAGCUCUUGAUAAAGUAGCAAUAUCAGAUAUUCAAGGAAAAGGAUUAGACUUCAGUAAUAUGUGGGAUAACCAUGGUUCGGGGGUUCCUUUUGGUGGCAGUUUGGUUAUGAUAAUGGUCGAUAUAGUAUUGUAUGCCAUAAUAGGCUGGUAUCUUGAUAAUGUCAUUCCAAGCUCAUAUGGUGUAAAAAGAUCGCCAAUAUUUUUCCUGAUGCCAUCUUAUUGGAGAUCCAGUCAUAAUCAGAUCCCUCCCAACCAACUUAAUACAGAAAGUUCUGUAGAUGUGGAGCCGGUGCCAAGGGAAAUGCAAGACAAAGAAGCAAUCAGAAUUAUAAACUUGAAUAAAAGUUUUACGCAAUGCCGUAAACCAACCGUUACUGCGCUCGAUGGUAUCAAUUUGUCGAUUUACAAAGGCCAAAUCACUGCAAUUCUGGGUCAUAAUGGUGCCGGAAAGACUACGCUCUUUAAUAUUUUGACUGGAUUGUCCUCGCCUACUAGUGGGAGUGCUUUGGUUUUUGGAUAUGAUGUCAGUAACCCCAAUGAAAUGGACAAAAUAAGAAGAAUGACAGGAGUUUGCCCGCAGCAUGAUAUCCUGUUCGACGAUCUGACACCAAGAGAACACUUGGAAUUCUUUGCAGCCAUAAAAGGAAUAUCGAACAGACAGUCCGCAAUCGAGAAGAUAAUAAGAGAAAUAGAUUUACUUGACAAAAUUGACACAGCCAGUAGAAGCUUAAGCGGGGGACAAAAACGGAAACUCUCUAUUGGUAUUGCUCUCAUUGGUGAUCCAAAAAUCAUUAUACUUGAUGAACCAACGGCUGGCGUUGAUCCCUAUUCAAGAAGACAUUUAUGGAAUGUUUUGCAAAAUGUAAGACGCGACAAAGUGAUUUUAUUGACUACACAUUUUAUGGACGAAGCUGAUAUUUUAGCUGAUAGAAAAGCUGUUGUUUCCAAAGGAAAAAUAAGAUGUUGCGGAAGCUCAUUAUUUUUGAAAAACAAAUUUGGAAUCGGCUACCAUUUGACAUUUGUCCUGGAGGAUAAGUCAAAUGAAAAUGCUAUAAACCAUUUGGUUCUGCAAUUCGUCAAAAUGGCAAGGAAAGAUAGACGACACGGAAAAGAAUUGAGUUUUAUAUUGCCACAUAAUGCUGUUGAAAAUUUUGCUUCACUUUUUGCGGCCAUAGAACACGAGAUCAGCAUUAAAUCCGAUUUAGGUAUUUCCAGUUAUGGCGUUUCAAUGACUACUUUGGAAGAAGUUUUUCUUGGUUUGCAAAAAGAAGAGGAAUAUGGCGACGCAACGGUAUACCAGGAUUUGCCCCAGAGCUCAGAAGGGAUUAGCAACGAAAACAGAGCUCUUACCGAAGGUAUUCGUUCAUUGGAAGCAUUUCGCUGUACUCCUAGUACUUCGCAAAAUUUAAGAACGUUGAUAGGCCUACGACUUUUGAGACUACGACGUGAGAAAAGGAAGCUGUGGAUGGUAAUCAUCUUGCCAAUUAUUUUUACAGGUCUAGGACUGUACUUAAAUAAGGUUAUUGACACUGGAAAAAAAUACGAACCACCUAAAACAUAUCCAAUGCCAUUAGACUUGAGCCAUUACCUAGGCUAUAAUAUUAGUAUCUACAAUGGGAGUCCGGCAGAUUUAACUACAUUUAAGAAUCAGUUAGAGAAAAAUGGAGCAGAGCUAGAUACUUAUGAUGGAGAAUUUACCUCAUUGUUAGACAUUGCUCCACAUUAUGCAUCUUUUAACAUUCACGAUUUUAGUUCUUCUUCUCAAAAUAUAUCCGUACUUUACAAUGGCAGCUAUUCCAAUAACUUACCAAUGUUUAUUAAUCUUAUCAGCAAUACUUUUUACAGUAUGGCCGCAACAACUGGAAAAAUCGCAGUUACCACAUACCCUUUUGAACUACCUCCAACUAAUGUGAGUCCUACUCCUGCUAGUCCAGGGAACUUCAUUUUGGGUAUGAUUUUCCUGUUUGCGCCAAUCGUACUAGCAGUUGAUAUGGUGUAUGAAAGAGAGAUAAAAGCCAGAAAUCAGUUAAGAGUUAAUGGACUUCCUUUCACCGUUUACUUUACAAGCUUUUUCCUGGUUCAAAUCUUAUUAAUGGCAACCAUAACUAUAUUGUUAAUAAUUCUUAUUGUUGUUAUGAAACCACCGACUUUUUCAAAUUCCUCAAUAACAGUUUUAGCAAUAUGGGUUAUUCUCUAUUGCCCCGCUUCAGUUUUGUUUUGUUCCUGCGUUAGCUACAUGUUUGAUAAGUCGGAGUCUGCGCAAUCGGUUAUGCCAAACGUAUCUACUCUUCUAGGAUUAAUACCAUAUAUAUCUGUGAUGUAUGCAAAAGAAAGUGUUGCAACUAUUUUGCAUUACGUAUUUGCAUUUACUGAUAUGAUGUAUGUACCUUAUGGUAUGCUUUAUUAUAUACAAAAGAUUAAUUUGGAAUGUAUAUCUGAUCCCCAUUGCGAGGGAACUACAUUCUCCAGCUUCAUGAUACCGGAAAUUAUAGUACUAUUUGUUACGCUGAUAAUUCAAAUACCUCUCUUGUUCCUGAUUAUGCUUAUUCUGGAUGUUAAGAAAAAUGGAGGACAAGUUUUGGAUAUAUUUAGAUCAAAGAAAAUUUCCGAAAAUAUUGUUGAAGAGUCCAGAGAUGUCGGAGUACAUGAGGACAGAGAUGUUAAAAAUGAGAGACAGCGAGUAAACAAUUUAAUUAGGGAUCCUCAAAAUAACCGCUCUGUUAUAACAGUUGAGAAUCUACAUAAGGUUUAUCAAAAAGGUGUUAAAUCUGGUAUUUGCUCACGUUCUGCGGAAAGUCUGAAGGUCGCAAUAAAGUCUAUAUCAUUGGCAGUAGAUUCGGCAGAAGUAUUCGGACUUCUUGGACACAACGGUGCUGGAAAAACUACGGCAAUGAAAAUAAUUACAGCUGAAGAGGCACCAACACGAGGACGGGUACAAAUUGUUGGAAGAAACAUAACCUCCAGCGCUAAUACAGCAUUCCAGUAUUUGGGCUACUGUCCACAACAUGAUGCCCAAUGGAAAAAUAUAACUGUGAAAGAACAUCUAGAAUUGUAUUCUCACAUAAGGGGUAUUCCGAAGAAUGAAAUUAAAAGAACUGUUGACUUGUACUUAACGGGUCUUCAAAUUCACGAACAUAAAGAUAAACAGGCUGAAAAAUGUUCGGGAGGUACCAGAAGGAAGCUCAGUUAUGCUAUGGCUAUGAUUGGCAAUCCGAAAAUAGUUCUUCUCGAUGAGCCUAGUACUGGAAUGGACCCGCAAAGUAAAAGAUUUUUAUGGGAUACUGUUUUAGCUAGUUUUAGGGGUUCAAGGGGAGCUAUUCUUACAACACACUCCAUGGAAGAAGCUGAUGCGUUAUGUUCGAGAAUUGGCAUUAUGGUAAAUGGAGAACUUAGAUGUCUAGGAUCAAGUCAACAUCUUAAAAAUCUAUAUGGAGCUGGAUACAAUUUAGAAGUUAAAUUGGCAACACAGCAGGGUACAGAUUUACGCCAAAAAUUAAAAGAAUUAGAAAACUAUGUGUUCCAUCUUUUUCCCAAUGCAGUAUUACAGGAAACUUUUGGCGACAGGCUCAUAUUCAGCGUGCCACAACAAAGUGUUCCUUCCCUGGCCAAUUGUUUUAGGAGUUUAGAGGACGGUAAGCGUCGAUUAAAUAUUGAAGAAUACAGCUUUAGCCAGACAACAUUGGAACAAGUUUUCCUAAAAUUCGCCCAAGAAGGUGAACAUGAAGAUUAAUUAUGUGAUAAUGGUAUAUUACAUUACUAUUACUAUUUAUUUGAAGACAUAAUAUGUACAAUAUUUAAAUUAAUUUAUUUGUAUUUUCUGUUAAUAUUAAAGCAAAACAAAAAAGCGUU